AACGACCGUACAUCUCUUCAUUUAGCAGCCGACAAUGGUUGUAUAGAAGCUGUUCUCAAAUUAAUUGCCAUGAAAUGUGAUAUCCAUAUGAAAGACAAGGAUGGUGCUACAGCUUUACAUCUGGCAGCCAAAAAAGGCAAUAUUGACAUUUUGAAAGCCUUACUCGCUUCCGGAAGUAUUUCCGAUGAUCGUGACGUCGAUGGCCGUACAGCAUUACACAUCGCUAGUGAAAAUGGCUAUACGGAAGUGUGUGACCUACUUUUGGAAUAUGGUGCCAAUCCGAAUGCAGAGACGCUGAAAGAAAUGACACCGCUCCAUCUGUCGGCAAACCAUGGACAUACGGACGUCGUGGCGAAGCUACUUCACUUUGGCUGCGGAGUAAACGCUCAAAACUUUCAAGGAAACACUGCCCUACAUUUGUCCGCCAUGGGAAACCAUGCAGAUACUGCCAAAAUUCUUGUACAAGCAGGGUGUGAACUAGAUUUACCAAAUUACAGGUUGCAGACCCCACUUCAUGCUGCUGUAGAAAGUGGAUUAACAGAAGUUGUAGAAGUCCUGUUGGCCGGUGGGGCCAGUCUGGACGCCAGAGAAAAGUCGGGAAAGACCAGCCUUCAGUUAGCAUCUCGAGGGGCUCACGUUGCCUUAGUCGACACAAUCAUUAAAGCAGAACGGUACUAUUCAACGGCACGGGAAUAUCACAACAACGACCUAGGUUAUGUUGAACCUCAUGCUUAUCUGAGAAGACCAACCCAUCCCUCAGCUGAACAAAUGAAAGAGAUUCUAUGGAGACUAUCAACGAAACAGCUAAAGAACAACGAGUGGAAGAAGUUGGCUUUGUAUUGGAAAUUUAAACCAGAACACAUCCAAGCCAUCGAGCAUCAGUAUGUGGGUCCCAACAGUUACAAAGAACACGGAUUCCGUUUAUUGAUAAUAUGGUUACAUGGAAUACGAAAAGAUGAGAAUAUCAUGAAGCUACUAUUUGAAGCUCUUGUGGCGAUUGACCGUCGAAAUCUCGCGGGUAAGCAUGCAACACCAUCAGUUUUAUUGAAACUAUUUCUUCCCAAAUAAUCUCAUAUCGAAAAC